AUAUCAGUUUGCCUGGUUUACAUGAGUCGUUGCUCCAUAUUAUCUUGUUCGCUACAUUUAUUCUACAUCUCUCAAGUCAGUUUGAUUCGAUACUCUGUUCGGUAAUAUCGUAGGCCGAUGGUGUAUUCAAUCGCAUUUUCAAAAAAUUUAUCGACACAUGUCAUUAGCAAUUUACGAAUGAGUACAAAAUGCUUCUGAAUUUUUGCGAUCCGCGUUUACGUCCAGAAAUCCAAUGCAGCGCAAUCAGUACAGAAGGGUACGAAGUGACUAAUUUAAUAAGCGGUUCUUCUAAAGGAUAUUUGGCAUACGCCUGCAUCAAACCACCGAUACACAUAGACAUUACAUUUCUCUGCAAUGUGAGGAUCAAUCAUAUUCUGAUCUGGCCAUCCGUCGGGUCGCAGAAGUCGUCAGGUUUUCAGCUUUAUUCUAGAAACACCGACGACAAUAACACUCCAUAUUCCUUGCUAUCCAGUGGAUUUCUGAGUCCUAACGAUGCUGGAUUAUUGUUCUAUCCAUGCGAGAUCGAUCUCGAGAGGAUAUCCGUGCCAGAAAAUUUUUUAAGACGUUAUAUUAAAAUCUCCAUGGGAUACUUAACUAAAAGCGCUCAUGUUUUACGUAUAACAAUAUGUAAAACAGAAAACUCAGUACCUGCGUUGGGAAAAGUGGAAGUAUGGGGAACGGUAUCACCACGCUGUGGAAAAGAUGUUACUGCCAGUGUGCAUGCUUUAUGGGCUAAACAUGAAGCUGCAUUGGCAUCACCUAUAAUCGAACAUAAAAUUGAUACUACUGUAAAUGUUAGAGACAACAAACAGAAGGAUGAUAUAGCUCUUGAAGUUCCUGAAAGCUUCUUAGAUCCCAUUACAUGGGAAUUAAUGACUCAGCCAGUUAUACUGCCUAGUGGCAAGAUAAUAGAUCAGACUACAUUAGAGAAAUUUGGAGAAAAGGAAGCAAUUUGGGGUAGAUCAUUAUCAGAUCCAUUUACUGGCAUUCCAUUUAGUGAGGAUCGUAGACCGAUCUUGGCAACUGUACUGAAAUCAAGAAUUGACAAGUUCCUGUUGGAUAAUAGCAAUCAGAGUGAAAUAAAAAAGAUACCGAGAGUCUUGGGCCGUAGUUCAGUUUCAAUUUUAGCAGGAGAUAGAAGAAGAUUAAUUGAAAUACCAAAGUGUGUGUUAAAUAAGAAUCCAUUAAAAAGAGCUGCUGAAGAUACCAAACCAGAUAUAUGCAAGCAAAUAACAGAUAAUAAUUCACAGCGUAUAAAGAAACAUUGCCAUAAACUGCCAGCAAUCAUUUCCAAACGAUCCACUGCCAAUAUUACAGUAAAACCGAAACAGCUCACAAAGAUUUUAACUUCUUCCGAAGUAGCUAACAAUGAUUCUUUUAAUUAUCAACAAAAUGAAUCAGACACAUCAUUAGCUGAUGUUGACAACCUUUUAGAUAACAAUGUAAAGAGUCUAUUAUCGAACAUGAAACGUUUCAAUACACCAGAAAAAAGAGAAGUUCAUAACAUAUCUAAUAUUUGUGAAUGUUGUGAUAAUAGUAUUCUUUAUAAACUUCCAUGCAAACAUGUAGUAUGUAGAAAAGUAUUAUUAUCUAUUGAAAAUAGUCAGUGUAAAUCUUGUGGACUUUCUUAUAAAUCAAAUGAGGUGGAACGAAUUCACGAUAUUUUAAGUAGCUAAUAAGAAGAUAUAAAAUAUAAAUUGAUAC